CGCUACCACUAUUAUCAGGUCUCGCAUUAUAAACACGGCCGCUGCCGGGCUCGAUCGGCGCCACCACCAGGCAGCCACCAGUUUCUCUCUCUAUUACGGAAAAGCAGUACCAGUACAGCUUCUCCUCUCGCCCUUGGACAACGCAGCAUACUCCAACUGUUCAAGGUAGCCACGCACCGGGGCAGAGAUGAAGCGUACUCCUAUCUCUUGGCCGCUCGCGGCUGUACCCCUGCUCCUCCUCCUCAUCUGCGUCUUCCACCGCGCGGCGGCGGCGGCUCGCCCCCUGCCGGCUGCUGCUCCUCCUCUUCAGGCUCACCAAGAGAAUGGAGUCGGGGUGGCUGCAGAUGAUGAUGAUGAGCCGGCGGUGCUUCAGAAAGGCGCCGCCGCCGCGGGGAGCGGCGAUGAGCUCUCACUUUUAGUCUCUGAGGUGACGGGAGCGGAGGAGGAUCCGGCGGCGGAGUGCGAGGAGGGUGACGACGGGUGCCUGCAGAGGCGGCUGCUUCGGGACGCGCACCUCGACUACAUCUACACCCAGCACAAGGGCAAGCCGUGAGGAGACGACGACGACCCUACCUGCUGCUGCAGAUCCUCAACUCGGUUUUUGGUUCUUGGUUGGCAGUGUGUGGGGGUGCUGCAAUGUUGACACAGGCUGGGAAUCUCAUCUAGUAUCACUAUCACAUCCACCUUCUGCUGCCUUACCCCUGCCACUAAUCAGUAUAUAUGCGCGUGUCACCUUCUCGUUUGUACAUCUUUCUUAGUCAUGUGUAUACUACUUGGUUACCACCAUUUUCUUCAAGCCUUUUGCCAUCACAGUAGAACUAUGAAGGUGGUGUGGUUGUUCAAAGUUCGUAUGUGCCAUAAUAUUGACUUGCCAUGCAACUGGUUAACAGGUGUGCCUAGCUCCAAUGUUUGA